GCUCUGCCCUGGGCGGGGGGGGGAGGCAGGGAGCGAGCGUGGCCCCCUCGCUGCUCUGUAGGGGAGCCCUGAGGAGAAAGGGGGUCACCCACUACUAGCAGAGCGCUGGGGAGAGAGCGCGGGAGUCUCCUCGACACCCUCCGGCUUUCCCCGUGCUCUGCUUGUCGUUUCAUGAUCCCAGGUUGAACGUUUUGGAAGCCGCCGCGUCGCUUGGCUGUCUGGCAGAGGGAGGGAUGCUGCCCGUGUUCGCCGUCUCGAGUUACAGGCUGGCGGCUGGAGCGGGGGAACCCCUGAAGUGGGAACCGCAGGCACAGGGCGGCGUGACAGGGAAGGGCCAGGGCAGGGCGGGACAGAGCUGGGGUCACUGCUCCAGGGUUUUCCCUCAGUAGGUCUUGGAGCGUCAUGCAUGAUCGUAUUUAUCCCCGUUUCCUAGAAGCCAAGGAAAGGUGGUUACUUCUUCAAGGUCGUACGGUAAAGCUAGUGCUAAACCAGGUCUCUCCGGUCCAAAUUGUUUUUUAAGUCAUACCCUAUAAAGCAAACAAGUGGAGAUUGUUUGAUAGGAGAUAGGUGUUGGAGACGUGCCAGCACUAUAAUUACCCUGUGACAAGGUGUUAGGAUUAGGGCUGUGGGAGGGUUCGCUGAUGCCAGAAAGGCCAUGCAGCCGUGGAGGAGAGAAGUGGAGGUGGGCCAGGCGUGUAAUGACAGGGGCCAACAAUAUAUGACAGAAACGAGCAACGAUAGAGGUAAGGCAGUGCAGUGUAUGAGAGAAAGCAUGAUUGGUGUGUUAUUAGUUACAGCACAAUAAAAUUUCAGGGCUGUCUUCAUUAUUUUUCCCUUUUCUGAUUGUACUGUGAUUUGAGUGUGUGUGUGGAGGGGGAUUCAUUACAGUCUAGUUUCUUCUGCUUUUAUCCAAUGAGAAAAAGCAAAACCAGGCUGCAAUAUUUGUGCUUCAAGCAAAGAAAUGAAAUCUGAGGUGAGAGACAAGUCUGAUUUUUCUGAAGGCAAAAAAAGCAAGACCAAUAGGUAAAAGCUUUAGGACCAUAUGUCUAUAGUUUUCAGUUCUGACAGGAGAAAACCAAAGAAAUAUCUGGCACACCAUUUGAUGGUUUUCAUCAGCUUGUUUAUGAGAUUAUACUAUUGUCAUAUAUUCCUAAUUUACUCAUUUUUUAAAUAAAUGGAAAUUAAGUAUGGCUGUUGCUUAUAGCACACAAGGUGCCAUAAGUAAUCAAAAGGGGGAAGGAAAGGGGUAUAAAAAUAUUGGGGAAAUCAAUAAAUUUAAGUCCAUCAGGAGUUAGAUUUGAGGGAAAGACUUGCAAAAGUAGAAAUAAUUGAGAACAUUUUGGAAUUGCAAAGGCGUAAAAAGUGGGAACAAAGGGUACUACAGGUGUUGGAAUGAAAAGAAUGUUUAUGAGAGCAUCCUUUCUAUUUUUGUAUGAGUGUUUAAUGGAGAAAGGUGUCUGAAAGUAAAAUUGAAGAAGACCCUUUACCAUCUAUAUGACUAAGAGAAUCAAGUAAAGAUAAACUGACCAGUGGAUAUCUUUUUCUGAUUUUUCUCUCAGUGUGUUUCUGUCCAUGCUGGUGUAUCAUGAGAAGUAAAUGGAGCAAGAUCAUGGCCUCAGAAUGAUGAUCACAACUAGAAAACAACAGGUAAUAUAUCCUCCACAUUCAAAACUCACAGAUAAAGAGAAAACCAAUAUUUGCUAUUUGUCUUUUCCAGAUUCUAAUUCAGGUUGUCUUGGGGACACACAGUUUUGUUUUAGAUUUCGACGGUCUCCUGGAAGGAAAGUCUCAUUAUGUUGUUUUUUGGACCAAUUGGAUAGAGACCUACCAGUUUACUUAAAGAAAGAUACAGCAUAUUACUAUGGCUAUGUAUAUUUCAGACAAGUUCGAGACAAAUCAUUAAAAAGAGGGUAUUUCCAGAAGUCACUAGUCCUCAUCAGCAAGCUACCUUAUGUCAAUCUCUUCCGCACCAUGCUUAAGCAAAUAGCACCAGAAUAUUUUGAAAAAAGUGAAGCCUUCUUGGAAGCAGUUUGUAACGAUGUUGAUCGUUGGCCACCACCAAUUCCAGGGAAAAUAUUGCAUUUGCCUAUUAUGGGUAUUAUAAUGAAGUUGCGGAUUCCAACAUACCGUGACAAGCCUGGAACGACACCAGUAGUACAGAAUAUGCACCAGGCAGAUGCUCAGAUCUCCAUGGCUUUACCAACUGUUCAUGAAGUAGAUCUUUUCAGGUGUUUCUGUCCAGUGUUCUUUCACAUUCAGAUGCUUUGGGAACUAGUACUACUAGGAGAACCACUUGUUGUGAUGGCACCAUCUCCAUCAGAAUCUUCAGAAACCGUGUUGGCACUUGUUAGUUGUAUUUCACCACUGAAGUACUGCAGUGAUUUCAGGCCGUACUUUACUAUACAUGACAGUGAAUUCAAGGAAUAUACAACUCGCACACAAGCACCACCAUCUGUCAUUCUAGGGGUGACAAAUCCUUUUUUUGCUAAAACACUUCAGCACUGGCCUCACAUUAUCCGAAUCGGAGAUAUUAAACUUCCAGGUGAAGUUCCAAAGCAGGUGAAAGUGAAAAAACUGAAGAACCUGAAAACUUUGGACUCCAAACCUGGUGUUUAUACCUCUUACAAGCCAUACUUGAACAAAGAUGAAGAAAUCGUUAAACAGUUACAAAAGGGUGUGCAACAGAAACGACCUACAGAAGCACAGAGUGUGAUUCUUCGGCGAUACUUUUUGGAGUUGACAGAAAGUUUCAUUAUUCCAUUAGAACGUUAUGUGGCAAGCCUAAUGCCUUUGCAAAAGUGCAUAUCACCAUGGAAGAGUCCACCACAGCUUAGGCAGUUUAGCCAAGAUGACUUCAUGAAGACACUGGAAAAAGCAGGACCACAGCUCACAUCAGGUUUAAAAGGAGACUGGAUAGGACUUUACAGGCAUUUUUUAAAAUCACCAAACUUCGAUGGUUGGUUUAGGAGCCGGCAGAAAGAAAUGACACAGAAGUUGGAGGCUCUUCAUUUAGAAGCACUCUGUAAUGAGAACUUGGUUUUCUGGAGUCAGAAGCAUACUGAAGUGGAAACGGUGGAUCUUGUCUUAAAGUUAAAGAAUAAACUGUUGCAGGCUGACAGAGAACAUCUUCCUGUGAAAACUGACACACUGAAAAAGCUGGAGACCCACAUCAAUGAUAUUAUAUUAACGCUUCCAGAUGACUUACAGGACAUAUUGCUCAAAACUGGCACAACAUGAUUUCUACUGGGCUUUUUUUGUGCAGAAAACAAAAGGCAAAUGUAGUUUCACAGAAGACAGUGGCUUACCCAGUUGGGAACACAGCUCUAAGCAGUAUAUUAACACUACAAAUGGAUUGUACUAAUAGUAUAGCCCACUAUACUAUUUUCACUGUUUUUUCCACCUAAAUACCAAUGCAACUAAAGGAAUUCCUGUGUUUAAUGAUGUUUGAAAUAAGUGCUCUUAAAAAAAAGAAAUCUGUGGGCAUAUGAAACUAUACCACAGUAUGGGACCACAGUGCAGUGCUGGCAUUGCAGAAUGUUUUCCAAUUGGUGCUGCUAUACCCAAUCCUGUUAACUCAGGGGUAAGCAAUAUUGUUCCUGUACUGUCCUGUUGAUGUAAUAUCUGGUUGCUUUUCUUCUUUUUUUUUUUCCUUUUAGUUUUCUUCUAGUGAUAAGUCCAACUGACAUUAUGUGACUUGGUCAGAAUACAUUAUAACUGAGGCAUUUUACUGGUAAAUCAUCACUUUCAGAAGUGUUUUAGGGACAGCUGAAAUAAUCAGAUCAGUUCCUAACUUUCUUCCUUUGUCCUCCUUACCAUCUUUCCAAAACCAUAUUAAUUUAGCAUCUUUAAAUAAGAGAAGGCAGCUGACAAAAAUUUCCUGAAGUCUUUUCCAUUCAAUGUCAGUUAAUUAGGGUGCUCUUACUCACAUGCCUUAAAUAUAAAGUAAUGGUAUACUUAUUGGUGGUUUUAAACUGCUGACAUUCAGGAUUUCAAGUGGAUCACUACUGUAAAUGUAAGCAUGCAGUAUUCAUCACAGGAAAUAAACACAUUGGUGUUCUAAUCUGGAUUUUAAAAUCGGUGAUUUCAGUAGAGUUAGCUGAUACACAAUCUAUUUCACUUGGAGAUCAUAGCAGUUAGCUCUGGUUAUAUUUUUUUUUUUUUUACUUGAUAUUUUUUUACUUAUACCAGUAGGGUGUUUGAGGAGGUGAUGGGGCUGGAGGAAGAUGAUGUUUGCUUCAGCUGAAAAAAGCCUAUGGAAAGGUCAAACUGUGGCAAGCAAAGAUUGUAGCAUGAAAUUAUUCUCAGUAUAUGCAUAUAGCAGACGUGCAUAAAGAGUAAUUUCCUCUUGCAUAUUAAGCAACAAGAAUGUGAUGUUUAUCUUCUUGAACAAGUUUCAGUGGUAUAUAAGAACUCAGCUGCUCCACAUGCAGUGUUGUACUUUGAAUUUCAAGUAGAAUAAACUUAAUGCUACAGUGUACACACAGCAUAUGCUUUUAUAUGACAAGUGAAUCACAGUUAUAAAAAAACCUGCUUUUAAGUGCUUAAAUAGAAUUUUUAAAAACUUACAACAUAAUCCUGUUAUAAGAAUAUGCUUUUGUAUGAUAAAUAUUUCAUACCAUCUUUCUAAAAAUGUCUUAUUUAGAUAUAAAGUGUCACAAUGGUAUUUUUAUGAAAAUAAUGUAUUUUAAUACUGCUAUGGUUUGUAUACAAUUACUCAUGACCAGAAGUUUAAUAUAUCUAUUAUGUUACUUAAACUACACCACUUCAGCAUUAAUUUCUAACGUGAAAUUAUUUUUUUUUUGCACACCCUGAUGAAUAGCCUUUUUGAUCCAGAAGUUAGUAAGUGGCCAUUCUUAUACUAAAUCAUUUUAAAUAUUUAACCUGGAGCACUGUAUAGUUUCUUGGAACCAUAUAAACUGGUAACUACUAUGAUAACUAUCACAUGACUGCAAAUAUGUAUUUUUGUAAAAGAAAAUAAAGGAGUUUUAAUU